AGGGUCUUGCACCGGAUAUUCAAGUCGGUAUUGGCAAUGAUAGCGGCGAUACGCUGAAAGCUUCAACCGAAGAGAUUGCAGAAGGAGGUGAUCUUUCAGGAGUACCGAAGACUUCGGUUGAACGUUCGGGGAAACAUACUGUGGAAGAGAAAAAAUGUUCUGAUGAUUCAAAUAAUUCCGAGAUGAUCGCACAGGUGCUAGCAAAUAUAGCAUAAUCGUAAAUGACUAACGAACAAGUUCAUGCGGAAAAAACCGAGGAAAACACCAGCUCAACUGUCUUAGAGGAACCCCAGGCAGCAGUUUGUAACGCGCAGCCGUUGUCUCAGUGGUUGUUGCCUGAUGAGUAUUUACCAAGCCAAACCCCAGGGAGAGAAAUCAUGUUACAUCCAUCAGUCACACGAGCUACACGCCCUAGUAAAUACAAGUCUUCACCGUUUGUGACAGAUUUUGAUAAAUCCCAUUACUGGUCCACUUGAUGUACAGAUGGUGGAUGAAUACCGUACUUGGCUUCGAAACGGUCUGCUUGUGAGGCACGAUAGCAAAAAGAACUACGAAGACCAUUACAAAAAAAAAAUGGCAGUUUUUGACAAUGGAGUCAAAUUCAAUUUUGGCAUCACAACUGUCAAUGAUAAGAACUGGUUUUACAUGUUAUCGAUGGAUGGUCAGCUUUGGAAUGACGAGCACAUUGACGUCAUUUUCUAUUACUUUCAGAAGAAAGGAAAGUAUGAUAAAAGGAACAAUUUCAGCUUCACCACUGUUGACUGCCUAUUCAAGCAGAGAAUUGAUGUGGUCCACCAUGCAUAUCGCAAUGUUAAAACCCAGACAAAUGUGGCAAAUGAAGAGCAAGUAUUGAUUGAGUAUGUUAAGGGCCACAGGCUUAUUGCCAAUGUCCCGUGGCAUACGUUUGACAACGUGCUAAUACCGGUGAAUAUACAAGAAGAAAAUCAUUGGUUAUUGGUACUCCUUUCAUUCAAGGACAGGCGUCUGUAUGUUUACAGCUCGUAUCAAUCAGCUGGGCACAACACAGUUGUUAGGAAUGAAAUAAAAAAGCUUGCUACACUUCUGCCACAUUUCCUACAUCUGGCUGGAUUCUAUGUAAAUCAAAAGGCAUAGAUUUGGUGAAAGACCCAGCAUAUGCGGAUAAGGGACAAAUCGAUAUCCUUGAAGUUGUCUAUGUUGAUAAUCUGCCGCAUCAAACUGCUGGUAGCACGGACUGUGGUGUCUUUGUGGCAGCGUAUGCUGAGUAUUUGACAUCGGGUGAAAGGAUUCCAGAUGUCAUUGAUGCACACAUGCAGCGUAUGAGAUACGGUGCACUCUUAUGGGACUACGCUGAAGGCAAGGUUGCUGACAAAGCAGAGAGUGAUAAUGAAGUUCCACCAAAACCUAUUAGGCCAGCAAUCGAUUACGACACUGUAGAUGCAAUUGAUGUUUGAUAAAUACUAUUUGUGCAUUCGAUGUUUUUUGUCCUUUUUUUCAUUACAGCAAACAAUCUGGUGUUUUUAGAUGUAUUUUGACUUAUGUUGGAUAAUUAUCAUUUAACCAAAGAAAUCUCAGUGGUUUUAUGUUCCA